AUGGGGCGCCGUGUGCUUACUCCAGGCUUUAAAUACUGCUUGCGAUGCAGCUGCUCCAAACCGGAAGAGGACUUUAAACUGGCGGACCCGACUAAUAAAGGGACAAUGUCUAACCUGAUGGACGUGGACGACACGACCAAGGAGGGUUCAAGCGCCAACUACCCCUGCGAUAUCCCUCCGGGCAAGGAUGAAUGCGGGGACUUAUCUUUUGAGGAUCAGACCAGCGACGCCUCGCCUACUGUCGAGGACUGCCUGACCAUUAUCAAGAACAUCCAGGGCGACAGCAGUACAGACUGGACCAUCCAGGUUAUCGGCAAGCACCAGCGCGAGCUUGCCCGGCACGGGUCUUGUGCCUUUGGCGUGGAGACCACCAAGGUCAAUGGCAACGUUAACUUUGUUGUCGGCGGGCAGGACGUCAUUGAUAUAAUCAACGAGUCCGUUAAGCGGUUUGGUGCUGAUGGGAAGGUCGCUGCGAAGGGCAAAAUGAAUUGCAAUGGUAAUAUCAAAAGUCAGGCGGUUCUUUGGGGGAUUUACCAUAACAACUAA